CUUAAUCUCGCCAUCCGCCCGUCUCGAACCCUGGCCCGGGCAGCGAGUAAUAAAAUAGAGCAAAAAGCGAAGCGGAAUCAGAUUCCGAGACUUAACUUUAUAAGAUGGGUUAAUAGCUUACUUCGCUGGUGACGAGCUGGCAGAUUGUGACAUUUAAGGGAGUCCGCAGUCGUGUCAGCAGCCAAUAAUAUUGAAGACAUGAAGACAUGGAUAUCCUGGAUGUUGCUACGUGAUGGUCGGUGUUGUUAUUACUCCGUCGUCGUCGUCGUUGAUAUCCAGCCUGUUCUUGGCGGUUUGCAAUGGCUCACACAGCCACAUAGCUUUGUUAGGGUUGCGGUGGAACUGGCGCUUUUGAGUUUCUAGGCUGUGACUGUGACGUAUCCAUUAGCUAUCAUUCGUUCUGCGGACUAUAUAACUUGAAUUUCUUGCAUUUUCAUCCUCUUUCUUCUCAUCUCACCUCACCAGUAAUCGUCCUAUUUGACACAGAACCCAUCAGACACCCCGUACAGUGCAGUCAGAGAAACACAUCCAAAUAUAUCCCCAAAAUCUCCAAACCAUGGCUACAGCAGCAGUCUUCGGGUGUACUGGAGCGGUGGGCUCUCAAAUCCUCGCAACAGUCCUCUCCAUAGAUGCAUUCUCAGCUGUCAAAACUAUCUCAAGGAGACUACCGAACGCUCAGUCGCCCAAGCUCCAAGCCAUCGAAGAAGCCGAUAGCUCAAAAUGGGUCGCCUUGAUCCCCUCCCUCACCCCCAAGCCAUCAGUGUUCUUCAAUGCAAUCGGCACCACAAGAGCGGCAGCCGGCGGAAUCCAGAACCAGUGGAAAAUCGAUCAUGACCUGUGCAUAGAGAACGCGAAAGCAGCCAAGGCAGCUGGAGCGAAGACAUAUGUGUUCAUCUCCAGCGGCGGGACCAGAGGGUUCCCGUCGCGCUACCUGCCGUACUCGAAAAUGAAGAUUGGAGUGGAGGAUGCCAUCCGCGACGUCGGUUUCGAGCAUGCUAUUAUCCUGAGGCCGGGAAUGAUCAUCCACAGGGACACAAACAAAACCUUGCUCAUGGAGCGCGCCGUAGAAUGGUUGAGCGUGUUUGGACAGGGCGUCCAGGAUAUGAUAGGUCAGGAUCAAACUACUAUUGGUAGAGCCGCUGUAGCAGCUGCUCGCAUGGCUGAAGAGGGCAAAGCUCCCUCAAAGUACUGGGUUUUGGAAAUGGCCGAUAUCGUCAAGUAUGGCAGAGACGAGUGGAAGCAAUAAACAACUGUAUAACUAUAUGCUUUGGCAGUGAUCAAUUUUGCACUGGGGCUACGCCUAAAUACUAUAAUCAUAAUAGCUAAAUAAUAUGAACAAAACAUUCUAAUAAUCAGAAAGUCGUGUAUACAACGUUGGUC